CAGAAGCCAAACACGGAUGCGAACCGUGAAGAUUUCCCCGCCUAUCAAGCCGACGUCGGGCUACAAGUAUGACGUGUUCUUGAGCUUCCGAGGGCCGGACGCUCGCCACACGCUCGCGGAUUACCUCUACGAAAGCUUAGUCGAUGCUGGUAUUAGCGUCUUUAGAGACGAUGAAGAGCUUACCGUAGGCGGGAGUAUUGGACAGGAGCUCGAGCGAGCGAUCGAUGACUCGAGGAUCUACGUGCCAAUCUUCUCAGAAGGCUACGCGUGCAGCGCGUGGUGCCUCCAGGAGCUCGCACACAUGGCGAAGCGCCGUAGAGAAUCCAGGGGACAAGAAAUUGUGCCCAUAUUCUACGGCGUUAGUCCUUCGGACGUCAGGCUCGGGACGGGGUCGUACGGCCAGGCCCUGCUCAAGCACGAGGGGCGCUACGGCGAGGGGAUGGUGCAAGAGUGGAGGGAGACUCUAAUGGAAGUCGGACAUCUCAGAGGAUUGGACGCACGAAACGCACCGCUUGGUAAACUUGUUAGAGAUCUUGUUCAAAAGCUUUCUAUAAAGCUGAAGAAGAGACAAAAGGUUCUUCCCGAUCAUUUAGUUGGAAUUGAUGAUCGAGUCAAAGACGUGAUGCAGUUGUUGGACUGCUGCUCCCUGGACGUACGAUUUCUUAUUGUGCACGGGAUGGGAGGCAUCGGCAAGACAACUCUUGCCAAAGCGGUUUUCAAUGAGAUAUCUCCUCUGUUUGAUGGUUGCAGCUUCCUUUCAGAUAUCCGAGAAACUUCACUAAACGGUGGCAUUGUAAGGUUGCAGAACCAACUGUUAUCGGAUAUCCUGAAGAGGUCCAUGGAUGCCCAAGACAUCGAUGACGGUGUCAACAUGAUACGAGAAAGAUUUCGCAACAAGAGUGUCCUCAUUGUUCUUGACGACGUGGACAAGAGAGAGCAGCUCAUGGAACUGACAGGGAACCGUAACUGGCUCGGCCCAGGAAGCAGGAUUAUUGUCACAACUAGGCAUGUGGGUCUUCUGGCAGUGUAUAGUGUCCCAUUUCUUCCUAAAGAGUAUUAUCAGAUGACGGAGAUGAAUACUUGCCAUGCUCUUCAACUUUUCAGUAAGCAUGCCUUUGGAGAAACCCUACCUUCAGAUGAUCUCGAAACUAUUUCCAGUGAAAUAGUGACCACUACCGGAGGAAAUCCUUUGGCUCUUGAAGCUUUAGGUUCUUUCCUCCGGGGCAAAAGCCUCAAGAUAUGGGUAGAAACAUUGGAGCGUGCAAUGAAAGGACCUGAUAGGAAAGUCCAAGAGAAGUUAAGGAUAAGUUAUGAGGCAUUAAACUUUGAGGAGAAGCAAAUUUUCUUAGAUAUUGGAUGCUUUUUCAACGGCGUAGACAGCACAACUGCAACAUAUAUGUGGAAAGAUUGUGGUUUUUUCCCUGAAAGUGGACUUGCUGCUCUCACUGAUAUGUCUCUGUUGAAGAGAGACCAUCACAACAUUCUUCAGAUGCAUGGCCUGAUCAGAGAUCUUGGAAGGGAAAUUGUUCGAGAGGAGAAUUAUCUGAAUGCAGGAAGUCGAAGCAGGUUGUGGGAAUCCGAGGAAUGCCUUCGUGUACUUCGUGAACUGAUUGAUUACCAGCGAACGAGCAAUGUUGAAUUACUUAGGUUACAAUUCCCUGAGGUACAGACGUUUACUAGUCAAGAAUUUGCUGCUCUGCCAAAGCUAAGGUGUCUUCAUGUUGAAGGGGUAAACUUCACUGGAGAUUAUAAGAAUGUUUUGAGAGAAUUGAGAUGGCUAUCUUGGGAUCGUUGUCCUGCAGACUUUGAUGCGACCAAUUUCUCUCCAAGCAAUCUAGUCGUUCUCAAGCUUUCUCGUAGUGAACUUAGAGAUGAUUGGCCUGGAUGGCACCAAAUCACGGAUUCAUCUAAGGUGAAAUUUCUGGAACUUGAAAAAUGCAGCCGCUUAACUAAAUUGCCCGACCUCUGUGCCCUCUCGACAUUGGAACGGUUGACUAUACGAAAUUGCCAAAGCUUGGUUAAAAUUGAUGAAUCAAUUGGUAAGCUAGUGAACCUGAAUUACUUGGAAAUUGAUGUGUGCAAAGCUCUGAGAGAGUUGCCCGAAGAAGUUGGUUGUCUAAAGGCCUUGAAAGAGCUGAUCGUGAGAGGGACAAUACUCAGACCUGCUGGUUCGUAUCUUCCCCACUCGAUUGGUGAUCUACAGUCUUUGACAGGCCCAGAGACGGAAAGUGUUGGAAUUAGCAAACUUGCACACUCAAUUGGAGAGCUAAUGGAUCUUGAAAGGUUGUGUUUGUCCAGGUGUUACGAGCUAAGAAAGCUUCCAGACUCAAUUGGGGGACUGGAAUCACUGCUUGAGUUGGAUCUGUCUUAUACAAAAGUCACAGAAUUACCUGAUUCGAUUGGAAACCUGAGGAAGUUGAAGGUCAUAAGGGUAGAUCAUAGUACUAUAAGCAAAAUCCUGGCGACUAUAGGCAUGAUGGAGAAGCUAGAAGAAUUUCAUGCCAAAAACUGCAUGAAUUUGGAGGGAGAUGUUCCUAGUGGAAUUGGGACUCUGUCCUUUCUGAAAGUCCUGAACUUAUCUCAUGCUCGCAUCCGAUCUUUGCCAACAACAAUCAAUCAGCUCUCUCAUCUCAAGGAACUUCAUUUGGACUGUUGCCAUGAGCUUAUACAAAUCCCAGAGCUUCCCGCCAGUUUGAUUAACCUGCAUGUUAAGUCUCGCUCACUACAGACAGUCCCAAACUUCUCAAACCUGACCAAUUUAGUCAAUCUAAUCGUAGUUGACUACUUUGAGGAAUCUCUUUCUAAGCCAUUCGAGGCCAAUUAUAUCCGAACACCAUACCUGAAGUCAGAUGGGAGGUUUUCUCGACUGGAGACGCUGAAACCUGUCCAUACAAAUGACGUUGCACCACCGACUGAGUUGGCUUCACUUCCUGGUCUGGAGCGACUAGUUUUGUCUUGUUUUGACCUGCAAUCCCUCACUCAGGUGCAUCCUGACACGCUGCGCGGGAAGGAGCGUAUCUGGACGUCAUUGGAUGAAUUAUGUUUUCACAAUUCUCACUUCACAAAUUUGUCAAGUUUAGAGAUACGUAAAUCGUGGCUGCCACAUAUUCCAGCCAGUCGGUAUGGACAAUGGGAGAAUCUGAGGGAACUGAUCAUGUCGAACUGCGUAUUUCUGGAGUGUUUAUCCUGUCUGUCAGGCUUGAAGAAGCUCAGAGUGUUGCGCCUGUUGAACUGCCCGAAGCUAGUUGAGAUCCAAGGUCUCGAAGAACUGGAAUCCUUGGAAAGUAUAAGGAUCAACCAGUGCCGUUCCCUAGUAAGUUUGCCUAAUCUCUUGAAGUCGAAGGAGUUGAGGACCAUGGAAUUUAGAUUCUGCAGAUCAUUAGUGAGUUUGCCUUCUCUAUCUCAGGUAGCUUCGGAAGACUGUCAUCUAGUAGUUGACGGAUGCGAUAAGCUAGCCAGCCACAAUGGCCCUUGCUGUCUUUACAAAAAGAAACGGAAAUUGUUUGACCUUGCUGGAGCCUAG